AUGUCUGAAAGAUCCCAAAGCCCGGGUACGGAGUGUCAAAGUCGCCCGUAUGACUUCAGCCGGGCUUGCUCGCAGAUUUUGGGCCACGAGGGCCUCGGGGGUUCGCCCUUCCACCAGCUCCCCCUGCCAGAAGCGAGCGUGCUCUACAAGCAGUCCGCCUAUGGUGGCCUGCCGUCCGCCGCAGCUCAGAGCUUUUUCCCCUUCCCGGUGGGCGGCGGUGAUUACCGAGGUUCCGAGCUCCAGGCCGGGGAGUUCGGCCAGCCCAAACAUUGGUAUGCCUUCGCUCCGCCCGAGUACACCGGGCAGGUUCCCGGGAUGGCCGCGGCUAUGCAUCCCACUAACCUGAGCCCCCCCAUUGCCGAGACCCGCGAGCAAAUCAAACUCACCGAUAUCAAGACGGAAAAAGACACCGGGGACGAGUACCCGAGCGAGGUGAAGCUCCAACAUUACCCGCCGGCCUCAGCCGCCAUGCCUGGAGUCUUCUACUCCAGCCCCUGGAACCCGUCCUUUUGGCCAGGUAUCAGCCACCUCACGCCGCCCGGCAGCGGGGGGAGCAGCAACCAGAAUCCGUCGACGUCUUCCGCGUCUUCGCCGUCCAUGUCACCCUCGCCGCCCAGCAACGGCGUGCCGGCGAAUGCCUUCUUCGGCGCCAACCCUGCCCAGGGCGCCCCCGGGCCUCAAGGCCAGAACCCGGUCUCGUCUACGCGGAGCAGCGGCUCGUCCAGCGGCGGGUGUAGUGACUCGGAAGAGGAAAACCUCUCUACUGAAGAAUUGGAGCAGUUUGCCAAAGAACUUAAGCACAAACGCAUCACUCUGGGUUUCACUCAAGCUGAUGUUGGCCUUGCAUUAGGUAACCUUUAUGGUAAGAUGUUUAGCCAGACGACCAUUUGCCGCUUCGAGGCCCUCCAGUUGAGCUUCAAGAACAUGUGCAAGCUGAAGCCCCUCCUCCAGAGAUGGCUGAAUGAGGCCGAAACGUCGGAAAAUCCCCAGGAUAUGUACAAGAUCGAACGGGUAUUUGUGGACACCAGGAAGAGGAAACGGAGGACCAGCCUUGAAGGAGCCGUUCGCUCGGCUUUGGAGUCUUACUUUGUCAAGUGUCCAAAACCCAACACUCAAGAGAUCACGCACAUUUCAGAUGACUUGGGACUGGAGAGAGAUGUUGUCCGUGUGUGGUUCUGCAACCGGAGACAGAAGGGAAAGCGUUUGGCUCUCCCGCUGGAUGAAGAAUGUGACGGCCAGUACUAUGAGCAGAGCCCUUCGCCCCUCAACAUGGCUGCCUCCCCCGUACCCAGCCAGGGCUUUCCUCCGCCAGCUACCUAUCCCGGAGGCCCGCCGCCCACGCUUUAUAUGCCAGCGCUUCAUCGCCCUGACGUCCUGAAGCAAGCGCUGCACCCUGGACUGGUUGGUCACAUGACUGGAUAG